CCGCGCUAUAACCCCGGAAGUGGUCGGCGCAGCUGUCAUGGCCGCCAGGCAGAUGUUCGCUCGGGUGCUUGGUCUGCGGAGGGUCUCGCAGCAGUGCGUGCCCCAGGCCUCGGACCUGAUUAGCCCUUUCCGAAGUAGCUUCCUUGGUGUCUCUCCCCUGGGCCAAUGGCUCCCAGAGGCUGUUUGGAAUUCAAGCAGAUGUAGCAUCUCGACAGCAGCAGCUACUGCUAAGUCAGAGGAAGACUUGUUUUACAAGUGGUUUCUAUUGCUCAUCCCUGUGACCGCCUUUGGCCUGGGAACAUGGCAGGUCCAGCGUCGGAAGUGGAAGCUGAAGCUAAUUGCAGAGCUGGAAUCAAGAGUAACAGCUGAGCCUAUCCCUCUGCCUGUAGAUCUCAUGGAGUUGAAGGACUUGGAGUAUAGGCCUGUGAAGGUCAGAGGGCAUUUUGACCAUUCCAAGGAACUCUAUAUCUUGCCCCGAACCAUGGUGGACCCUGCACGAGAGUCCUGGAAUUCAGGCCAGAUGUCCUCCACGGUGGAAAGUGGUGCUAAUGUUGUCACUCCUUUCCACUGUACUGAUUUGGGGAUCACAAUUCUAGUGAAUAGAGGAUAUGUUCCCAGGAAAAGAAUAAAUCCAGACACUCGGCAGAAAGGUCAGAUUGAGGAUGAAAUUGACCUCAUUGGGAUGGUGAGAUUGGCAGAAACUCGGAAGCCCUUUGUCCCUGAAAAUAAGCCAGAGAAGAACCGCUGGCAUUACCGUGACCUGGACACCAUGGCAAAGGUCACAGGCGCUGAGCCCAUAUUCAUUGAUGCUGACUUCAAAAGCACAGUCCCAGGAGGGCCCAUUGGUGGCCAAACAAGAGUAACCUUGAGGAAUGAACAUAUGCAGUACAUCAUUACUUGGUAUGGACUAUCUGCAGCAACAUCAUACAUGUGGUUUAAGAAGUUUGUUCGAUUACCCUAGGAGACGGCAAUGAAGGGAGAGUGGGGGCAAGAAACCAUGGACAAACAGGGAAUAUUUUGUAAAUUUUUUAAAAUUAAAAAUAAAGGCUCCCACUUUAAUUAAAUUCUA